AUGUCAAAAUUUUUGUAAUCAAGCUUCAAAGUGUAGAGGUUUAUGUUGUUUUUCCUAAAAGUAAACAGAGGGAGUCUAUCGAUACCGUGUUGACCCGAUUGUCCAAACGGGUCAUGAAAACAUUUGGACCCAACCCGACCCGAUUCAUUUCUAGAAUAAGAAAACCCGCAAGCAUUUACACAAAAUCCCUCUUCAUUUUCAUUCGGAAAAAAAAAAAAAACUCUCAAAAUUCACCAUAUACCUACCAGAGUUAUCGCCGCUGGAGCUUCGCCGGAAUUAAAUGGAAGUGUCAUCGGAGAAGAAAGAAUUGGAUAACAAGAACACUAACAGCAACACUCAAACCCUAAACAUCGAUCCUUCGAUACCCGCCGAAGAUCGUGAACGCAUCGCCGCUGAUCUUAAAGCCGGCUUGCAUCCUCUCAAGAAUAAGUUUGUUUUCUGGUACACUCGCCGGACACCUGGGGUUCGAACACAAACAUCGUACGAGGAUAAUAUAAAGAAAAUUGUUGAUUUUAGUACUGUUGAAGGUUUUUGGGUUUGCUACUGCCACUUGGCUCGUCCAUCAACAUUGCCCAGCCCAACUGAUUUGCAUCUUUUCAAGGAGGGUAUUCGUCCAUUAUGGGAGGAUGCUGCUAAUUGCAAUGGUGGAAAGUGGAUAAUUCGUUUUAAAAAGCCUGUCUCAGGACGUUUUUGGGAGGACCUGGUUCUGGCUUUGAUUGGUGAUCAACUCGAUUAUGGUGACAACAUAUGUGGUGCCGUUUUGAGCAUUCGUUUCAAUGAAGACAUAUUGAGUGUGUGGAAUCGUAAUGCGUCAGAUCAGCAGGCUGUGAUGGCAUUGAGAGAUUCAAUCAAGCGACACUUGAAGCUUCCUAGUGGCUAUGUCAUGGAAUACAAAGCCCAUGAUGCUUCCUUGCGCGAUAACUCAUCUUACCGCAAUACUUGGAUAAGAUCAUAAGAACUGUAGUUGCUAAACUCUCAUUUCACUGUUACAACUUUCAGAAGAGAGACUGCACAGUUCGGUUUGUAGUUGGUCAAAUGAUUUUCAUGGCAAAAAUAGUUUACCAUGACCAUGUAAGAGCUAACAAUCGCGGUGAAAUCUACACACUGAUCUCUUCAAUAUCUGUAGUUCCUCUAAAGUGUAUGCACUUUACUCUAUUGACAUAUGGGUUAUUCCCAGUAUGUUACUUUUAACUUUAUGCACUUCAAGUAUCA